GGCCGGGGGCGGCAGGGCGCGCCGGCGGGGCGCCGCGGCCGCUGAGAGAGCAGGUUUUCAUUCCCUAUACACCUUUGGAAGGAGCUCACUAUGACAGGGCAGAGUCUGAAGGCUUUAUCUGAAGCAAAUUUUGAAGACAAUGAGAUCAGCAUCAACGUUGGAGGCUUUAAGAAAAAGAUGAGAUCCAACACAUUAUUAAGGUUCCCUGAGACCAGGCUGGGCAAACUGCUGAGCUGCCACUCAAAGGAGUCGAUACUAGAGCUCUGCGACGACUAUGAUGACACCAAGAAUGAAUUUUAUUUUGACAGGAACCCUGAGCUCUUUCCUUACGUGCUACAUUUUUAUAACACCGGCAAGCUCCAUGUGAUGGGUGAACUCUGCGUGUUUUCUUUCAGCCAGGAGAUUGAAUACUGGGGAAUCAAUGAAUUCUUUAUAGACUCCUGCUGCAGUUACAGCUACCAUGGGAGGAAAAUGGAGCCAGACCAAGAGAAAUGGGAGGAGCAAAGUGACCAGGAAAGUACCACAUCUUCUUUUGAUGAGAUUUUGGCAUUCUACAACGAUGCCUCUAAAUUUGACAAACAGCCCUUUGGAAACAUCAGGAGGCAGCUCUGGCUUGCUUUGGAUAAUCCUGGGUACUCAGUCUUAAGCCGAAUCUUCAGUGUCCUUUCAAUAGUGGUGGUGCUGGGCUCCAUUGUGACCAUGUGCCUGAACAGCCUCCCAGACUUUCAGAUUGUUGACAGCAACGGGAACUCCGAGGAAGACCCUCGCUUUGAAAUCGUGGAACAUUUUGGUAUUGCAUGGUUCACUUUUGAACUGGUGGCGAGAUUUGCAGUAGCUCCUGACUUUUUAAAAUUUUUCAAGCAUGCCCUGAAUUUGAUUGACCUAAUGUCUAUCCUUCCAUUUUAUAUUACCUUAAUUGUCAACUUGGUAGUGGAAAGUAGUCCGACUUUAGCAAAUUUAGGCAGGGUUGCACAAGUCCUGAGACUCAUGAGGAUCUUUCGCAUCUUAAAGCUUGCUAGACACUCCACAGGUCUCAGGUCUCUCGGAGCCACCCUGAAGUAUAGCUACAGAGAGGUGGGGCUUCUUUUACUUUACCUCUCUGUUGGCAUCUCCAUUUUCUCAGUAGUGGCUUACACCAUUGAGAAAGAAGAGAAUGAGGGGUUAGCCACCAUCCCUGCUUGUUGGUGGUGGGCUACCGUUAGCAUGACCACAGUUGGCUACGGGGAUGUUGUGCCAGGGAGCACUGCUGGCAAGUUGACAGCAUCUGCAUGCAUCCUAGCCGGUAUCCUAGUGGUAGUGCUUCCCAUUACACUGAUAUUCAAUAAAUUCUCCCACUUUUACAGGCGUCAGAAGCAGUUAGAGAGUGCCAUGAGAAGCUGUGAUUUUGGUGAUGGCAUGAAAGAAGUUCCAUCAGUCAACUUAAGGGACUACUACGCUUAUAAAGUUAAAUCCCUUAUGGCCAGUCUUACCAAUAUGAGCAGGAGUACCCCCAGUGAGCUGAGCCUGAAUGAUUCACUGCAUUAGUGUACAAGUUUGACAGCAGUUUGCAUGAGAGCUAUCAAGAGCUAUGUUUAUAAAUGUUUUCCUAUUUGUCGUCUUUUUUUCCUAGAGGAUAGUGUUGCUGACACUGCACUAACUUUGCACUUGAGAAACUAAAGACAUUUCUAUUACAAGCUGACAGUUUGCACAUUUUCAUCCUGUUGCAUAGGUACUAAAUGCUGACUUUUCCAUACAAGUGUUACCACUUCCAUGACAUUAGUGCUAGUGGUCUAGUGAUGAUCUGUUACUUUGUGCAUUUCCUCAUCUGAGCAGAGAAAUGAACGUACCCAAGUGGAAUAAAAAUUCUCAGCUGUGACAUGAGUAAUGAAAAAAAUCACCUAUCACCUAUACUGGUAUCUGUACUAGUGUAGGACUUGCUAUGCAUUUUACAACAGUUUAAAACAAUCACCUGUGAAUCACUGACAUGGGAACACUCUUCCCCGUCUUUCUGACUGGUAAUUCCGAUCAUCACAUGUCUGGAAACACCUCUGAGCUUCACAUUUCAAUGGAAGUUAGCUUACUCUUGAGCGCAUGUGUUAAAAAUUGGGUGUUCUUGUUCUGAAAUGUUAUGUAUGGUAAUAUUUUUCAGAAGCUCCUAAGCGUAGACCUACCUCUGCUUCCAAGAUUAGGUCAAUAUUGAGCCCUCUGAAGAAGCCCACCCCUCAUUUUCAGGUAGCUACUUAUUCAAAGACUACAUUUCCACAAGGGACUCUAGGUAUGGAGGCCCAUGAAGACAUCUCACGUUCCCAUUUCCAGAAAUGAUCUGCACACAGCUCGGUUCCAGUGAAGCUGAAGAUACGUUGUAUUUGAGUCUGUCAAAAUGGUUCUGAGAUUAGAACACAAAAACGUGGGUUUUCAACAAUUAGAAGCUCCAAUGAAAAACUUGGAUUUGUUUAAUGAAGCGAAAUAUUCCCACAUGAGCAGUACAGACAGCAUUUUAGGAACUGACAUUCAUAUACUGCAAAAAGACUAAUUAUAAAGAUGCCAUAUGUGAUGCUGAGAUAUAAAAUCUAAUUUUAUCAGGAAAGCUUGAAAGCAGGUGUUGAUGGCAGACAAUUCCAUUAAGCUUUCUGCCAAGGAAACUCUAAGGGAAAAAAAAACCUGUAAGUCAGAUUUUCCCUCAGAAAGGAACUCACAACUUACAGCUAAGGAAAAGUAUAAGGGCCUAAGAAAGGAACAGAUAAAGAAAAAGAGCUUAAUACUGCACUUACUGUGGGCAGAUCCUCCUACCUGUUUCUGUGAUGUAGUCAUUUUAAAUCCUUUCAAGGGCUGGCCUGUACUUUUUUUUUAAAAAAAAAAAAAGACGUGAGAGAGCAGAGCAUCUGGGUUUUCAAGAGUAAUCAUGAAUCUGCAUAAACUUAUUUUUUGAGUGCUCAGUCUCUUCCCUUACGCAAUUUUACAGAGAUCAAACACUUGUAGCCAAUAGGCAGAAGCCACUGCUUCCCUCGCUUUAUACUUCUAGGAAUCUGUGCUAUAAAACAAACUACUGGCAUUCAGUGGGCAGAACAGCAUUUCUCUUCAGAUCCUCCUGCUUUUCCAUCCUAUUUAUUACAUAUAAUGUUCCAAUUAAUUAUUUUUAAAAUUUUUUUAUUUUACUUGUGAAGACUAGAGAGGUUCAGAAAAUAAAGUCAAACUAGUUAGAAAUUAAAAUACCAAAGCUAAAAUUGUCAUGUUUGGAAGCCUGUGUUUGUAUACCACAACAAGGAGUGGCCCGGCUGGCAGAAUAAAGCAAAUAUGGUAUGAAUAGGUAAUUCCCAUUUUUUAGGCUAUUAGAGGUCGCUGUCUGGUCUGGAUCUUUUGAUGUUGUUGCUGUAUCAGCUCCACCUAAAACCAGAAAACUGAGCACCCAGGGUGAGAUUCCUGUUUGCACAGUGAUCUAUCACAGAAUACAUAGUGUGAAAUAACUCCCCCCCCCCAACAAUUCCUUUGAACACCCUCCCCUCACGUCAGUUAGUAGUUGAUUUAGGCCAUGAAGUGUGACGGAAAUGGGACCUUUCUAACUUUACCAAGUAAAACUCUUGGAGAUUUCAACAAAGCCUGCACAAGUUACAAAGUCGAUAGGCAAGACGUUGCUUGCUGUCCCUGAAAAUCAGAGCCAUAUACAAGGCCCUGAAGGUAGACCUGGGUAACCCGAAUUAAGUGUCCAAACCUGAAGCAUUUUGCUAAGGUUUUCACUUCUGUUCAAGUUCUCUGCUCGGUCACAGGCAUAAAUUCAAUAGUCUUGUCCCUGAGUCAUAUUGCAUGUGUGCAAACUAUCAUACAUGUACAAACACCCACCCAAAACACGGCACAGCACUAGGUUGCCUGUUGGAUUGAAAUACCAUGAAAGAAAUAAGGGCAGGAGGAGAUGGGCUUGCGCAGCACAUACGUACACUCUGGGAGGGUUACAUGCUGCAAGGGUGGCAAACUCCCACCAGUGUCAAGGACGCUGCAAGUUCUCAUUAGGUCUGUUGGCUGGGAGCCUUCAGAGACUCCAGCUCCAAGCAGUGGUUUUAUCUCAGUUUCACAAGCAGUAGAUUCACAGAGUUGAAAACCAAUGACUUUCAGGGCAGUUAUUUGAAGAGACCUGUAAACUUGCCAAAGAGUCACAAAUUCCCUCAGCUGUUGCUAGUUUAGCAUUGUAAAGGUUGGAUCCAAACUUUGCAACACAUCAUUUCAAUAACCUAUAGCUUAUCUUAUGUUCUAGAUUUAUUAUUAUUCGUAGGGCUGAUGCUCUGUCAUUUCUGCAAAUAUUGAAUGGAACAUGUCCAAAUUGCAUUUUACUAAAGAAAAUGAAAUACCCCAAGGAAUUAUGACUUUUAUUGUGCUGGUUGAAAGGAAUUUUCAUUAUUUUGCUUUUUUAUAUAAGUGCUUUGGAUCAAAGACACUGAAUAAAUAAAGUACUGAAAUUUAAUAUGUUCUUAUUAUCAUGACAAUGACUUUACACAGUACACAGGAAUUCCCUUCAUAAACUUAACUAACUCCAUGUUAAAAGUAGUCAGAUUUUUGCUCCCCCCUCCUCUGGAAGAGCAUUCCAGAGGUGCACUGCUCUCCAAGGCUUGUGCAACUUUUAGCAUAGUUUUAUUAAUGGCUGCUUAAUAUCAGUUUUUUUCUCAUGCCACCACUGUUCUUUAGCUUAAAUAUUUCAUUUUCCUCUUAGUGUUUGCAUGCAUGGUGUAUUUGUAGACAGCAACAAUAUGCCCUUACAUGCUUAUUUUCAUAGGAUUAUACCUGCCAAGCUUCCUUUUAGUUUUCUUUUUGCAAGUCGUGUUCCCCUGACCAUCCCAGGGGAUGUAGCCUUUUUUUCUGCAGCACUUUUGCCUAGAUUUAAUCUGCUUGAGCCGGCAUUGUACAGUAUUGUAUCACUUCGUACAGCAGUUUUAAUAUUUGCUUAUGACUAACAGAUUUUUUCACUGAGGAUAACAAUUGUUCCGAUUUAAGUAAUGUUGUUGUUUUAGCUCCCCCAAAACAUCUAGGUAAGGAAGAAUGAGGUGCACCCUUCCUGCCAUUUUAUGAAGUAACCUCUAUUCUAGGGCUCAGUCCAGUAAGCGUCGAGAAUCCUCAUCUCUCAUUAAAUAAAAGUUACAGAAAAAUGUUUACACUUUGAAGGAAAAAUUCAAUCGCACCAAAGCCUCAAUGAGGAGAAGAGGUGGUGUACUUCUUGAGUAGUCAGUACUUUCACCAGACUUCUUCAAUCACUGGUUUGUAAGAGCAGGGCAUCUUCACUUCUAUAAAACAGCGGGUCAGAAAUGAAGGAGGAGAGGACUAAUUGGCCGCUUUCUCCAGUGUUUGAAACUUGAAAAUUGUUGUGGUCAGAAAUCUGCUUACUCUGGAUGUGCAGUUUAAUGAAGAACAUUGCAGUUGGCAUGUACUCCUCCUGCCUUGUGACGGUCACCUUCCCGGCACCGGUGAAAACGCUGUUCCUACUCUCUUUCAGCUGAGAGCUUUGAAUUGCUUAAAUGAGGAUUAUGGCAAUAUUUCAAAUGAGGCAACUUACUUUAUUGCCAGGAAUAAACUGUUAGAGAAUCUUGAUUUCUAGUACAAAUCUAGGGUAUUAUGAGAGUUGGAGAUGUCCUUGAGAAGCAAUAUGUUACAUUAUUUUCCUGAGAUGUAAAAUCUAUAUAUAGAUUGUGAUUAAGCUUUUUAUGUAUGUUCAGAUUUUGUAUUAUUGCCUGGUUUAUUAUUCACUUACUUUCUUCAGUUGCUAAUUCUCUCUUUCCCUGCAGACUACUUUAUCCAUUUUGAAAGCAGACUGUUUUGUCCUCACAUAUUAUACAUAGCAUGAGCUACUUCACAUUGCAAACUUAAAAACAAAGAACUCUGCAUUUAAUUUUCCAACUUUAAUACCUCCAGUAUUUGUACCUUUUUGUACAGAACUUUAUGAUACUGCAGGGAACUACUGUAUCUGGUGCUCUUUGUACUGCGUUUCUUGUCCCAGUAGUGUAUAACACACUCAAGAACUCAGCUUUGUGCCACAAAAUGGAAAUUAAAUGCAUAAAAAAGUA